AUGGAACUAUUAGAAGGGUAUGAGAAGAAAAUUAAAAGGACAAUUUGGGUUGUUUUGAAAGAAGUUCCUUUGAUAGUCUGGAGCAACAAGUUUUUUAAUGACUUGGGUAGUCUUUGGGGCUCAGUUGUGUCGAUCCAUGAAGAUACAUAUAAUAGAACAAGAUUCGACGAAGCUAGGGUGCUUAUGGAAGUCCAAUAUGCGUCAUCGGUGCCAGAGAAAUGUAUUUUAAUCAUCAAUGGUACGGCUUACACAAUAAUUUUUUUUACGGAAGAUCACGAAGAAGAAAAAGUUUUCAUCGAUGGUUUUCCGACCGGCGGUGUAGUAGGGAAACUAGUAGCUGAUGAUGAUGGUAUGUUCCCAAGGUUGCAGGAGGAGUGUGAUGGUGUUGCUGAUAUCGAUGUAGGGUAUAAUGAUGAUAGGUUUUAUGAGGUGCAAAGUCAAAGGAGUGAAAACAGAGGGAUAUCAGGUAGGUCUAUGCAUGCAGAUCUGUGCGUAGGAAAUAUGGAAGAAACAUUUGUUGGUUUACAUGAAGUGCCAGUUGUAUCUAUAGAUGGGCCCAUUAACCAAAUGGUGGAUGAAAGCAUUGGUUUAGUUGAAAUUAAUAGAGAGACAACCCAAUGUGGUACGACCCAUUCCAUCUCGAACAGUUCAAGGCUUAUUGAUGUCUCAGUAGAAGAAAUAUCAUCGUGGCAAGGCCUUGUAGUUGAAAAUAUGGAAAAUGUAUAUGUGCUCCAAAAAGAGAAAAUUCCAAGUUUUGUUGAAGGUGUGCCCGUGUCUGCUGUGGGGAAUUUUGAUAUUGGUGUCAAGGAUUCAUACAUGCAUCCCGGUUGUCAGGCGCUGAUAAGAGAUAAUUCUAGAAAAUUGAAGAAAAUGGUGAAGGGAUGUGUGGGUAGGUAUGUUUCUGCGAGAGCCCAAAAGGGAGGUGUUCUGUUUAGUGAAGAUAAUUUUGUUCAACCUUUGGGGAAUGAAAUGGAAGCGGAGGUUGUGUUAGCGGUGGCGGAUACUCUGGGAGUGCAGUUUGGAGGAUCAAGGAAAAGGGUGAUCGAGAGAGGGGUGGGAAAGAGGGAGAAAGUUAGAGUUGUGUGUCCAGUUGCUGAAUCAAAUAAGGUUAGUAUGAUGCUGAUUCAGGAAACAAAAGUUAUGAGUUUGCAUGCUACGGUAGAGAGAAGGCUAAAGGGGAGAAUAGGUAGAGAGUUGGUAUAUGCUCCGGCAGAAGGUGCAUCUGGUGGGUUGGUGUCUAUGUGGGAUGGGAAUUUCUUUAAUGUUAGCUGCCAGAGAGUUUACAAAAGAUUUAUUGUGUUGAAAGGUCGGAUUGUUCAGCAUAAUUUGGAAAUAAGCAUCAUCAAUGUGUAUGGUCCGAAUGUUUACGGUGAUAGAGUUUGUUUUUUUGAUCAGUUAAGUAGCAUCAUUGAUGAAGGUGCCUGUGAUUGUGGGGGGGACUUCAAUAUUGUUAGGUCGGAUGUUGAAAGAACGGAGGUUCAGGACAUUUCGAACUCAAUGCUGAUCUUUGAAGAGUUCAUUUCAAAAUGGGAAUUGGUUGAGGUUCCUAGUUUAGGGAGCGUUUUUACAUGGUUUAGAGGUGGGGCGUGUACUGCGAUUAAUGAAUUGGAUAGAUUUUUAAUUUCAGCGGAUAUUGCUUGUUUAAGUACAAAUCUGGUGCAGGCUACGCUUCAUAUAAGCCUUUCAGAUCAUAAUCCCGUUCUGUUGUACGAAAAAGAGAUCAAAAAGGCCUGUAGGCCAUUCAAAUGGUUUAACCAUUGGGCAGACGACCAUACGUUAGCUGAGAAAAUAAAGAGGGUAUUUCAUGCAAAUCGGGGCAAGGACAUGAAUAGCGUGUUGUUGUUAGUGAAGAAUGUGACUAAAGAUUGGGCUAAAGUCAGUAGGGAGUUAAAUUCGGAGCCUAUUGAGGUCUUAGAGAAAAAAAUUGUCAUAUUAGAAAAGUCCAGAUUAAAGUGGUUUAGAGAAGGUGAUAAGAAUACCAGAUUCUUUCAUCUUACAACUGCGAUGAGAGGCCGAAUGAAUCAGAUCUCGAAGCUGAAAAUGAAUAAUUCGGUGUUUAAAAGUUAG